AGGACACACAUUGAGGAAAGCACCGAAUUGAGUCACAUGGCCACAGGAAAAGUGGAAGACCAAAGAACACAUUACGCUUAGAAAUGGAGACAGACCUGUGAAGAAUGAAUAACAAUUGGAUAGCACUAGAAAGGAAGGUCCAGGACAGUGGGUUGGAGAAUGCCGGUCGGCGACUUAUGCUCCAGUGUGAGUAACAGGCGUAAGCUAGUAAGUGAUUUUUGCGUUGGUGUUGAUUUGAUCGAAAAAGCCUAUGCGCCAGAUGUUGGUACUCGAAGUUCAUUUGCAGCUAUAUUGAUUUCAAGAAAUGGACUAUAUAAUAAAAAAAUGCAUCUAUUUCUACAUGGUUUUUUAUUGAAUCGAACUGAGCUCUACAAUGAGACAAAUGAGAAAUUGAAAUUAUCAUUGAAUUAUACUUCAACUGUUGCUAGAAAUGGUCGAAUGAUCCUUUUACUUGUUGAUGCAUUGGGUUAUGCACUUAUACAAGACAAUAAUGAAAAUAACCAAUUAUUACAUGGUCAUAUUUCAUCACAUUCCCAAAAUCGAUAUCAUCCACUACUUGAUAGUUUAUCUAAAGCGGUAUUUAUUGGGAAGUUUAUCGCAGACCCGCCGACAACCACGUUACAACGUUUAAAAGCUCUAAUGACAGGGAGUAUGCCAACAUUUAUAGAUGCAGGUUCAAAUUUUGGCGGAAGUAAAGUAAUGGAAGAUAAUUUACUAAAACAGUGGAAUAAAGCUGGAAAACAAAUUCGAUUUGUUGGCGAUGAAACUUGGAUUGAUCUGUUUCCUGAUAGUUUCAGUCAUUAUAAAGCUUAUUCAUCGUUCAAUGUGAAGGAUUUGGAUACAGUUGAUCGAGGUGUUGAAAACUACUUUCUCUAUGCCCUUAACGGUACUGCGUGGGAUUGGGAUAAUGGAGUUGUUGACAGUCAAACACCACAGACUGAUUGGGAUAUUCUUAUUGGACAUAUGCUGGGGAUAGAUCACUGUGGUCACACAUAUGGACCUGCACAUCCAGAGAUGGCGCGAAAGCUAAAUGAACUAAACAGUUUUAUAAAACGUAUUGUUUCUAAACUUCAAUCUUCCGAUAUUCUAUUUAUUUUGGGUGACCAUGGAAUGACACGAUCAGGUGAUCAUGGUGGAGAUAGUGAUGCAGAACUGGAAGCUGCUUUCAUCGUUUUUACUGCUGAUCAGAGUACACUUGUGAUAAAAGAUGAUUCAGAGAACCAAACUAAUAGACGAUUAUAUCAAAUAGAUCUUGUCCCAACUUUAUCACUUCUAACUAAUGUUCCAAUACCCUAUUCGAAUUUGGGCAUACUAUAUGGCCAUCUGCUAGGAUAUGGUGCUGACCUUCACCAGGGUAUGGUAUUAAAUUUUAUACAGAUGUUCACUUAUACUGGAAAUUAUUUUUAUAAUAUAAGUAAAUUACCAUUAUCUCCUAUACUUAUGUCUUAUAUGAAUCGUAUUAUAUUCAAUUCAACUUAUGAUUGGAUAGAACAAUUCAAUGAUAUACAAUUAAUAAAUAUACUUAAAGAAUUACAAUUCAUAUUUCGUAUACAUUGGACUCAAUUCAAUGAUUCAUUGAUAUUCUUUGGUAUCCUUUUAACAUGUUACAGUUUGAUUACUCUUUUAUUAUUGAUUGAAAAGAUUUCCAAUACUCCAAUGAUACAUAUCCAUAAUGGUUUCUUAUUGUUUACAUGUAUUUUAUUGUUUUUUUCAUGUAUAAAUAUAUACUACUUAAAUCUGUUAUUAUUCAUCCUAGUCUCAUAUGUUAUCAUUAAACAUUAUAAGUUUUCAAAGUUGAUAUUCACUGGUAACUUUAUCGGUUUUUUGUUACUAUUCUUAUUGUCUUUAAGUUAUUUAUCAAAUAGUAUGAUUAUCUAUGAAUUUCAUAUCACUUUCUAUUUCAUUCAAAGUUUAAUUGUUAUAUCUCUCAUUUGUUCAUUCAUUCAUAUCGUGGAUCAUACUGAUAUUAUGACAUGGUAUAACUUUAAAUUUUUACGAAGAUUUUGGUCUUUUCCUUGUCUUCCAUUUAUGAUGAUACUUUAUCUAGGUAUAUUGUUAUUGUUUCGUUUAUUGAUUAGACAUUUUCUAAUUUGUCGUGAAGAAUUAAACCAUAGUUCUAUAUGUCGAUCUAUACUUGAUCCAUGGAUUAGUAAAUCUUUGAAUAAAUUAAAUCCUAUUUAUGAAUUUCAUCCAAUUAGUUGGAUACGUGUAACGUUUGCUUGUUUCAUGUUAAUCAUUUGUUUACGUAUGUAUUGGCGGUUGUUGUUUGAAUAUCUAAAUAUAUAUAUUGGUGUUAAUCAAUCGAAUAAAGUUGCUUGGAGGAAAUUAUGUUUAUUUAUAUUAAUUGGUAGUUUAUUGUCUUUAUUAUGGAUGGUGGAUUCUGCGGAAUCAACGAAUUGGAUUGGAUUCAUUCCAAAACAUAAAUUGCAUACAGUUCGGAUUUGGAUUGCUCGUAUUUUCUUGAUGACUAUAUUCUACAUAUUUUUUCAACUUUUGAAAUCUCCAUUUCAACUUAUUCAACAGAUAAAUUUUAUAAAAUCUAUGCAGUCAAAUGAUUGUAAUCAAUCCAUUCAAAGAAGUGUUCUCUAUUUGUACACUUUAUGGACAAUGACCUGUUUAACAGUUUUACCAUUACUUUCUCUACUUGUUUUCCUAAAUGAAUUCCAUAUAAUUUGGUUAGUUUUCAUGAUUAUAUUCGUUCAAAUACGUAUACAUGCAACUACUGUAAAAUGUAAUCAUUUGGAUAAAUGUAUUAAAAAUUCACUACAGCUUCAUGUACCUCAGAACAGCAUCUCGUGGAUUAUUGCAAUAUUUCUUUGCUUGUUAGAUAACUUAUCUUUUUUUAUAACUGGUCAUCAACCAACAUUAUCUGGAAUUCCAUGGGAUGCUGCUUAUGCUGCAUAUGAAGGUGAUCAUAAUACACGAUGUAAAAGUGUGUUAACUUUAGGUUGUAUGCUAAGUACUGGUUUAUUACGUCGUCAUUUAAUGGUAUGGAAGAUAUUUGCACCACGUUUAUUAUUCUCUAUUUUAAGUUUAUUUAUAUCAGUUGUAUGUCUUCCAAUGAUUCGUUUUUCAUUUGUCUAUUGUUUUCAUAAUAGAAUUUGUAACAUUUUACAAAGAAAAUUAUUAACACAAUUACAUACAGAAUAUAAUCAAAUACAACAAGUUACAAUGUUCAAUUAUUUGUAUCAAUCACUAUUAUCAAUCAAUUUUAUGGAUUUCAAUGAUCAUCAAAUGAAUUCAGAUCUAUUAAAUAAAUUUUUCAAUGAUUUACAAAUGAUUCAAUCAUCAUUUCAUUGUUACAAUGAUAAAUCAUCUAUUCAAUUAUUAUUAUUAUAUUAUAUUCAUAUCAUUCAAUUAUAUCAAGAUCAUAUAAAUAAUAAUAAUAUGCAUAAACAUAAUGAUGAUCAUUAUAAUUUAGAACAAGCUGAAGAUUUACGUGUUAUUGUGAACAAAAAUCAUGAUAUAUCAUCAAUUGAUUUAUUAGGAUUAUCAUUAUCUUUGCCAUCGUCAUCGUCGUCAUCAUCAUCAUCAUCAUCGUCGACGUCAUCGUCGUCGUCGUUGUCAUCGUCGUCUUCACCAUUAUCAUCAUUGCCAAUAAUAUCAUCUUCAAAACUGGAUAAUGAUGGUGAUGAUAAUCAUGAUGAUAAUAAUUCAAUUCAUUUCACAUCAAUACCAUCAUUCAUAUCAUCUGAUAAUUAUACAAUGAAUUAUUCUAUUCAACAACAACAACAACAACCGCAACAACAACAACAACAACCACAGCAACAAUUAAGAAAUACUCCCUUCACUUCAAUUCCUAUUCCUAUAAUGAAUGAAUUAUCAUCAUAUAUGACAAAUUCACAACAUACAUUCAUAAAUAAUAAUAACAAUAAUAAUUAUAAUAUACAUCUAUUAUGUAAUAAUCAAGAUGUUCAUUAUUCAAUGAAUAAUCAAUUGAAUCAUAAUAAUGAAUUCAAUGAAAAUCGAAUUGAGAAAUUGAAUUGUUCAAAUAUUCAACAAUUAAAAAGUUAUACAAAAAAAUCUUUGAUUAAUAUGAUGCGAAAUAAAAUUGGAUCAAAUAAAUGUAUUCGAUCAUCUAGACGAUCAUCUACAGAUUAUAAAUCCCCGUUGGUACCAGAUCAAUAUCAAACAAAUGUGAGCCAAGAUAAUAGUAACAAUUCAGAUAUGCUUAUGUCUCCAGAUUCUCCUCCUACGAGUUCCUCAUUAUUGUCGUCAUGUUUCUCCUUUUCACCAUCUUUAUCAUCAUCUUCAGCUUCAUCAUCAUCGUCUACAACUUCAUCUCCUCAAAGCUAUUUUCCAAUACAUGAUAAAUUACUCAAUCUAAAAUCUCGUUCCUUCUCUUUGAAACGAUCUCCUUUUAAAUUAUCACAAUUUUUAUAUUAUCUACUUAAUAAAUCUGAAUAUAAUCCACAUUUGAUUUUGAAUAGUGCAGCAGUUGCACAUUUAUGGGGUUUACAUAAGCAUAAACCAAAUAUGAAUUAUGAAACAAUGGGUAGAGCUCUUAGGUAUUAUUAUGCACAGAAUAUUUUACGAAAAGUCAAAGGACAACGUUUAGUUUAUCAGUUCUUAGAGGAUUUUCAUAAAACUAAACAUCCUAUUACUACUACUACUACAAUAUCUUUUACAUCAUCAUUCAUGACAACCACAAUUACAACAACAACUACAUCAAUAACAAAAACUAUACCAACACCUAUAACAAUCACAAACAGAACCAUAGCAUUUUAUUUAAUAACUACCACUACUACUAAUCAUACUACUACUACCACUACUACUACCACUACUACUACUACUACCACUACUACUACUACCACUACCACUACUACUACCACUACUACUACUACUACCACUACUACCGCUACCACUACUACUACCACUACUACUACUACUACUACUACUACUACCACUACUACCACUACUGCUACUACCACUACUACUACUACUACCACUACUACUACUACCACUACCACUACUACUACCACUACUACUACUACCACUACUACCGCUACCACUACUACUACCACUACUACUACUACUACUACUACUACUACUACCGCUACUACUACUACUACUAAUCAUACUACUAACUGAAAAUAUGAAUGAAAAUAACAAUCAUAAUAUCAAAGGUAAAACUGACUAUAAUUUCUACUAAAUGGUCAUUUGAUCAUUAAGUUGUUUAUGCUAAUAUUUCUACCCAUUCAAUUCCUUUUUUUAUUGUAAAUGUGCUUAUAAAUUACAUGACAAAUACAUUGAAAAAUAAACGAUAUUAAAUAUGUGAAUCCAUUUCUAAAGUAAAUUUAUUUAGAUUAUUAA